AUGGAUGUAGCACAGUUACAAAACACUGUCAGAAUCUGGGCUUGUAAAGCUCUCUUUUCCUUUCAUCACAUUUCAAAUGAUUAUUCGUUCGCGGAAGCCAGUUCUAUAAUUGACUGCUGUAUCUGGUUCUGGCUUGGCGAUCAGUUGGGUAGCGGUGUAAUGAACAAAAACGAUACCGUACACCAUAAAGUUUAUGGCUCAGUCGUUACAGGCUUGCUGAUAGAGAUUGAACCAGGAAGAGAAGAAAUGCAAGUAGUAGCCGAUGAACUGAAACCAUUGAUGGGCCAAAAUGUUGUCCCCGCAUAUUUUCAAACUGGUAAUAUUUCAACUGCCCCACAACAGCUGCAAACGUCAUCAGGUCCAAUGACAAUCCAUCCUGCAGCAACAGCUUUUUUCCAGCCCACUUCGGGAACGUCAUUUCAAGCCGCAACUGGAGCUCCUGUUUUUCAUAGUGCAACCACAUUUAUUCCUAAUUCUCCGACUUCAACCGUUGGUGGUCAACAACCACAACAAAUGCGUAUUGUUCAGGCAGUAAACCCGACAAUAUCAACGCCAGUCACUACUGGCCAGCAAGGCGCUACUGUACUGACAGUGAAUACAGUUGUAACGGCUCAGAAUCCGAACGGAGCGACCAUGCAACUUUUUCAACCUCAGACUCAGGGGGAAGCUGAUGAUCAAAGACGUGUCACGACGCUUGACUCUUAUUUUGUUGAGCAGCCAGCGCCUAGUACAUCUGCUAUUACCCCUCUAUCAACUACAGCAGUAGCUAUUACGGCAAAUCCUUUGCCUUCUCCAGCAGCUAUUGUAGCAAAAUUCACAAGUAAAACAAAAACUGCUCCUGACAAAACAGCUAAAGAUGAGGCGAAACGAGCGAAGCAGGCAGAAGCAGCACGUCUUCGAUAUCACCGGUUAAGUGCGGAAGAAAAACGUGAAUUAAACGUUAAAAGGACACUAGCGCAGAAACGUAAACGUCAGCGGGAAAAGGAGAUGGAAGAACUGGAGGAGCUUUUACGUCAAACUAAUGAUAUUCAAGAGGAUCCAGAUAUAACGGAACAAUUACGUGAAAAGCGUAUGCGGGCGAGAUGGGCUGAGGCAGCACGUACAAGAUACCAAAGAAUGACGUCUGAGGAACGUCGCCAACACAAUAAUCGCCGCAGGAUGCGUCAAAUUGCAGCUGCUGAAGGCUUGAAAGGACCGGAUGGACAACCGGAUGAAGAAGCUAUCAGACGUCAUAUCAAAGAACAGAACGCGAAAAAAGCUGAGGCUGCACGUUUGAGGUAUCAUAGGAUGACAGAUGAGGAGAAAAGGGCUUACAAUCAGAGAAGGACGGAGGCGUUUCGACGACGGCGGAUGGAAGAAGAAAUGCUGCUUGCGAUGCCAAUUGGGCGUAUUAAUGGAGAAGCUUUAGACCGUGCUCAACAGAUAGUGGUUCGUAACGCUAAAAGGGCUGAAGCCGCUCGAUUAAGAUAUCAGCGUAUGACUCCGGAGCAGCGCAAGGCGUACAAUCAGAAAAGAUAUACUCCGAAGAAAAAGCGCGAAGGGACAGAAGGAACGGAAAAUGCAGGUGGAAGAGGCCGCCGUCGUACACAAGACGAUUCAUUCGAUGCAUUGACGACAUUGGAACGUGAUGUUUUGAAACGUACUCAACAGGCUCAACAAGCACUUAUGCGUCAGCAACGAAAUAACGCAGUAACGACUUCAGCAACUACUGCAUACAUUGGAACACCAAUUAGCGGGACUGUAGGGACUUUAGGUACCGUUGGUACUGUAGGCACUGUUGGCACCGUUGGAACUGUUGGUACUGUGGGGACAGUCGGUACAGUAGGCACAGUUGGAACUGUUGGCGCUGUUGCACAGCCUCAGGGUACGCUUAUAUUACAACCUCAGGUCCAAUCAGUUCAACAGGUGCAACAGAUCCAACAAGUACAGCAGGUUCAGCAACCUCAACAAACCCAACAGGUCCAGGGUCAACAGAUGGCUCAACUUCCGCAACAAGUUCAGUUCCAAGUUGCUCAUGUGCAUCCCCAACAAAUGCAGACGCAGUCUCAGUCGCAACAACAGCAGCAGCAGCAAACGCAUCAACAACAAAUUCAUGACGCGACCCCCACGUCGGUUGUGUAUCAAUCUACUGGAGCUCCGACAUUUUACACCACAACUGGUUCACCUUUUCAAGGAACAUCUACUUAUUUGCCUUCACAGACAACUGAAGAAAGAAAGGACUAUAUCACUGUUAUUCCAGCAGGCGUUCAUCUCAGCACUACUUCUGGCAUUAUUCCUGUCAGCGUUUCUUCCUGUUUUACUAGUCCGUCUGACUGUGCUGAGAAGCCAUGCAUAACGCAAAUGGUUCAGUUAACCCCCAUACAGGAACAUCAAAUGAUUUACGAACCUGUUUACGUGGAUCAACAAGAAGCUUCGACAUCUGGAAUGCUCAACGACCUACAACAAAUACAAAUAGAUAAUAACGCACAAGUGACGGUGGAUGGUGAUCAAAAAUUUGACUCUUCGGUGAAGCAAAAUAGUGUUGAUAGUGCAUCUCUGGUUGGGUCUGAGAUCUCAGACAAUUCACUACAACUGAAGAGGAUGAAACAGGCUGAGGCAGCUCGGCAGAGAUAUCAGAGAUUGACACCGGAAGAAAAGAAAGAAAUUAAUGCGAAACGGACUUUGGCUCAGAAAAGAAAGCGACAACGCGAUAAGGAAAUUGAAGAGUUAGAAGGAAUUUUGCGGAAAUCAAAGGAUAUUGUCGACGAUCCCGCUAUUAACGAGCAGCUACGUGAGAAGCGGAUUAGAGCCCGAAGAGCAGAGGCGGCGCGUCUUAGGUAUCAAAGGAUGAGUUCUGAAGAGAGGCGCAUUUAUAAUCAGAAACGUCGCAUGCGACAGUUAGGAUUACAAGAGUCAUCAGCGAGUGCCCCAAUUACUAUAGGUGCUAAUCGUUUUUACAAAAUUCAAGGCCAGAAGAAAGCUGCUAUGGAUGACGAGAAAGUGAGACAACGGAUUCUUGAGCAGAAUGCUAAAAAAGCGGAGGCGGCGAGGUUGCGUUAUCAUAGAAUGACUGAAGAAGAGAAGCGAAUCUACAAUCAGAGGAGAACAGAGGCAUUCCGUCGUCGUAGGAUACAAGAAGAGAUAUUACUUUCUACUCCUGCAGGGAGAAUUAGUGCUGAAGCUUUGAAUAAAGCGCAGCAGAUAAUGAUGCGUAAUGCUAAAAGAGCUGAGGCUGCAAGAUUAAGAUAUCAGCGUAUGACUCCGGAGCAGCGUAAGGCUUACAACCAAAAAAGGUCUUCCGCAAAAAAAGCAAGGGAACGAAUGUUACAGGCAAAUGCUGGUACAAGUUCAAACGCUGCGCCAGUAAAUACUAGUGCACAGCAACCUCGUCAAAUACAGGUCAAUGGAGAUUCAUUGCAAAAUGUCUUGGACAGUGCUGUUAGCGAAGAGGCUUUGAGCGCUUUAGAAAAAGAUGUUGUUAGAAGAACUAGACAAGCAAAUAUGGUAUUAAUGAAACAGAGGAAGGCUAAUGUGGUGGACCACGUUGUUGUAGUCAGUACACUUGAUGGAAAACAAGUGUUUCAUAUUCCCAGAAAUUCAGCUCAUCAUUCUUUAGAGACGUUGAAUAAUGGAACAGUCACAAUUGUCGGUCCAUCUAACAAACAAGAGCCAAUGCAGUUAGCAACAGUGCCUGUCAGUUAUUGUCAGUGGAAUUGUUCAAGGGAUUUGGGGAUUCUAUCAGUGCCGGAGCAGAUGAAUGAAACAAGUGAAAGGUCUGCUGAGACUCACCAACUGGUUCCCGCUACUAUAUCUCAACUACCCAUUAUUGUUGCUGAUCUUAAUCAACCAACUGGCGUUGUACUUUCUAGUAUGAGUAGUCAAAUGCGGUCCAGAGGGCGACCACCCAUAUAUGCGGCAGCUGCUGUGGCCAUUCAACAACAGCAACAAGCUCAGGAACACGAACAGCAGGGAUCCGUUGUUCUUGUGCCUGCAACUCAAUUAUCUUUACCUGUUGAACCUACAAUGAAUUCUACUAACCUACGACCGAACAGUCGACAAACAAGGAAUAUAAAUCAAAUCUCUUUAAACUCAGCUGGUGGUCAAGAUAUCCUGGCGGUAGCCACAGCUGCAGUGGGAAAUACAGUUGAAUUAACACCAGAACAAAAAUUAGAAAUGCAACGGGCGAAAAGGGCUGAGCGAGCGAGGAUGCGUUAUCACAAUAUGUCUGAAGAGGAGAGACGUAAUUUCAACGCGAGACGUGCUAGUGCUCUGAAAAGAGCUCGGAUGAGAGACGAACAGCUUUGUUUAUUAGCAGAAAGUGCUGAGUUAACAGGAGGGAUGCUUGACGAGGAAACUUUAGCUCAGAUUGAAGAAGCACAGCGUCGCCGUGCUAGGCGUGCUGAAGCGGCUCGACUGAAAUACCAUCGAAUGAGUAGCGAGGAAAGGAGACAGUAUAAUGCUGUCAGAGAUGCCCAAAGAAGACAGAGAAAAAGAGAACAAGAAGCUGCUGGCCUCCUGCGACAGCAACAGCAACAACAAAAACAGUCAAAACAACAGGAAGGGCAAUCGCAGCAGCACGGAGAGACAGGAGAGGUCCGUGAGAGCCAACACGAUGAAACAGCAAAUCAGACGUUGAGUUACAAUACUUUCAUCCAGUAUGAACAUCCUUUAGAACAAACUUGGGAAAGAUAA